GGGUGAGGCAAAAAUAGCCCUGACAUGUCUUCUGCUGUGACCAAGCCCCUCUCCGCUUGGCUCUGUCACUCAAAAGCCAAAACAAGAUGGCAGGCUGCAGGAGCUGGGUCCUCUUCUUAACAGUUUGUGCUGUCAGUUUGUUGGGGGCCAAUGCAGAGAUCAAGUUUACCAUUCCUGUUGGGAGGUUAUUUACAUAUGAGGUGAUGAGGGAGACUUUCCAGAAUGACUUUGAACCUUUGUCAAAACUCUACGCUGGACGCUUGUAUGACGACCCCAUGAAUUUUAAGUGCAACAGGCAGAGUUACCCAGACCUGCCAGAGUGGCUCCGCUUCACCCAAAGACACCCCUAUGAUAACGGCUUCCUGUACGGCACGCCAACAUCUCCAGGAAAAAGUAUAAUCGAGAUCUAUGCCGUCAACAAGCGGAGCUAUGAAACAGCCAGACAUAUACUCGUUAUCAAAGUCAUUGUGGAGAAGAUGCUGCCCUAUCAAGCUGAGUUCUUCAUCAAGCUGAGGGAGAUUGAGAAGGUGCUGCCCUCUCCUGUUCAGGAUGAGAUAAAGCAGGAUUUGCAGAAGCUGUGGGACACAGAGGCCUUGGAAAUUGUUAACAUUACCAACGCGCUUGACCGUGGCGGCAGAGUUCCCCUCCCCCUUGCAGGCCACUUCGAAGGUGUGUAUGUGAAGGUGGGAUCUGAGCAGUAUUUCUCAGACUGUCUCCUGAGGGUGCUGGCGGCAGAGCACCAGAGGCAGUGCACAGCAGGGGCCAAAGUCAAGGUCCCCGGAGGCUGUAACUUCUGCAGCAUCCCCAGCAACUGCAUCACCUGGUGCAAUACGGAGCUGUUCGAUCUGACGAAGCAGGAGCCAGCUCCGCCUGCUCCCACGAUGGGCCUGGGAAUACUGGAGGCUGCAGGUGACUUCAACCCUCCUGAGUCUCCCCCAAGCAGAGAAUAUUUCCCGGACUACAUUGUGACAGUGAUUGUGCCCCUGAUCCUCGCCAUCAUCCUGUGUCUGCUGCUGGCCUACAUCAUGUACGGCAGACGGGAGGGAGUUGCCAAAAGGAAUGCAAGGACAAACCAGAUUCAGCUGUACCACCACUACACCAUUCAUGGGAACACUGAUGAGCUGAGGAACAUGGCUGGAAACCGAGGUUUUCCUCCACCUCUGUCCACGCUGCCCAUGUUCAACAGCCGGACUGGGGAGAGGGCUCCGCCUCUGCAGUCUGACAGCCCCAGCAUCCCCCUCAUCAUGGCCCAGCAUGAUCCCUACAGUGACACACUGCCAAGAAAAUAAGAACAAGGCUGGAUAAAGUGUCAUUCACGCAGUCAUUUGCUGCCACAGUCCAUAGUUAUUUGCGGUGGGAAAUUGUGUUUUUUUUCUUCUUUAGGUUCCAUUAAAAUAAACGAAUCGUGUGCUGUUUC